AUGCCAAUCAGUACUGUUAGAUUUGUAGUCGUUAUUGUAAGGUGGCCGAAGUCAGGCUUACGCCGAGUGGCAGCUAAGGUAUGGCUUUUUUCAGUUCAACUAAGCGAGAAACAAGCACAGAACUAUUAUGCGGACCAUCCUGAGCUUUCCAAGCUGCAUGGUGCUUCGGAAUUCAUCGCAAGCCCAAAGAAAAAUAAUCUCGAUAACGCUGAAAAUUUCUUCACCACAUCGGCCUCUAGUAGGGCGUUUGUGCUUUUCGCUGCGCGUGUCACUUGGCGGCGGGCGGAAAGCGGGGGCGGGCGGUGCGGCGGCCGACACUGCGGGCGUCGCGAUCCGGCGUCCGGGCGCCGCGUUGCCAUGGUAACGACACCGCGACACCACCCCGCCUCACCCCACCUCUCCACCCUUCACAAAACCACCCUUAUAAACGAGGACACACGGCCUAUUGCUCACUUAUGUACCACCCCACACAUAAGGGUCGGCAUCGCACCCCACUAUAUAAGACGGUACGGUCAGGCGAUGUAA